AACCCGUACAGAAAGCUUUGUUCAGAUUGUUGAGAGGGAUGAGAUCGACGGCACCAGACAUUCAUCCACUUUCCCUGGUUCCUCCCUUCCCGAAGCAGAGUCGACCAAUCUCAAUUUAGAAACGAUGGGUGAAGAUGCACAACCAACCAAUCAGGACAUGGAUACUGUCAUGCUUGAAGCCGAGUUGACCAAUGAGAGUGCAGAUACCAUGACACCAAAAGCUGGGUUGACCAAUGAGAAUGAAGAUCCUGUCAUACUGGUGUCUGAGAUGACCAAUCAGAGCGCAAAUAGCAUGACACCAAAAGCUGGGUUGACCAAUGAGAAUGCAGAUCCUGUCCUACUGGUGUCUGAGAUGACCAAUCAGAGUGCAGAUACCAUGACACCAGAAGCCGGGUUGACCAAUGAGAAUGCAGAUACCAUCAUAUUGGUGUCUGAGAUGACCAAUCAGAGCGCGGAUACCAUGAUUCCUGAAGACCAACCUCAAACCAAUGCAGAGCCGAGGUCAAGCUCUCUAGAAGUUCAAGAAAUACCAGACAGUGAUUCCAGUGUGAAGAUCAUUGAAACCGCGGCGUCAAGUACUACCCCUAGGAAAGAGACCCCAGUCAAAAUUGCAGUUAAGACCCCAGACUCGCCCAAACAAAUCUGCCACUACUGCUGGCGAGAGUUCCGGACCGAGCGACAGAACCGCGCCCAUGAGAAGUCUCACGGCAGGUAG